AAAAGAUGUGCCGACCUUUGAGCGCAUUUGAAGCGGGAGCAACCCAUCUCAUCGCUUUAAGCCAACAAUGUCCGUCCUCUUAGAACAAGCAGAGUCCCUCAUCGCGACCCGCACAACCUACCUCCCAACAUCCCUUCGAAUCCUGUCCAUUGGCGCCCUCGAAACAACCUAUGCAGCCCUUGAAGGCCUCUUUACCUCCCGAAAGACUGCCCAACGCAUCAACGAUCUCACCACUGCGAACCCAGGCCAAGGUCGUGGUGUCAUUGUGACAGGUGGGAAUGCGGGUAUUGGGUACGAAACAGCCAAAGCUUUAGCUGGGAGUGGAUGGAAAGUGGUCAUUGGGUGUCGGUCAACUGAAAAAGGGCAAAAAGCUAUACAAGAAAUUCAAAAAGCAACAGGCAAUGAGCAUGUUGUGUUCUUUUCGUUGGAUUUAGGUGAUUUGGCGAGUGUUCGGGAGUUUGUUGAUCGGGUGGGUGAUCUUGGGUGGGGGUUCAGUUUAUUGAUAAACAAUGCAGGUAUCAUGGAUAUUCCCUAUACCCUCGACAAUAAGCAAAUUGAAGGCCAUUUCUCAACCAACCAUCUGGGCCACUUUCUCCUCACCCAUCUCCUCCUCCCGAACCUCAAACAAAACACACCCUCUAGAAUCGUCAACCUAACAUCUUGCGCGCACUACGCAACCAACAGUAUCUCUUACAGUACCGUCACAUCAAACCCAUCCUCGAAGCAAUCCCCGCUGGGAUACUACUCCCACUCCAAAUUCGCCAACAUCCUCUUUACAAAAUCUCUCGCGCAACAAUUGAAAUCAACCGGUGUUGUCUCCUACUCUGUCCAUCCAGGCAUCAUCCCAACAGAUCUGUACGCCCAAAACAAGCUCAAUUAUUCCGUAAUGGGGUUAUGGAAAUCUCUUCUCCCCACGCCCUUUGAUGGAUGUUCUACGGUUUUGGUUGCGGCUUUGGAUAAGAAGUUGGAGGGGGAUGAUACGAGUGGUGCGUAUUUGGCUCAAGGACGGUUGUGGAAGGAGGCGAGUGGUGCUAAUAAUGAAGAAGAGGCGAAAAGGCUGUGGAAUUGGAGUGUGGAUGUUUGUGGGAUUAAAUGCUAGUCUCUAGCGUUUCCCUACUUUUAGACUAUGUUUUUUAAUGCACAAAGGCCGUAUCGUACGUAGCUCAUAGGUUUAGAUUUAAUGCUAAUUUCUCAUAGUUUAUCUGAUACUACUGUUUUGCUAUAAUCUUGUACUGCACUAAUAUAUCAACUAUCAUUGGACA